CCAAACCAGCAGCUUUUCCUCUCAUUGCAGAUGCACAUGUACGCACGCUGGGCUGGCGGUGAUCCAGAACAGCCUUCAGUCAUUUGCAAACGGAUUUUUCAGAUUCACCACAUCACUGAAUGACCUUUUUUUUGGAGACGUAAGACGCCGGUUCAUUUAUCUUCAAACGCUCAAGCAAGCUGGAUUACAUCCCAUAUCUCCAGACACGAGGAGCAGAAACAGGGCAGUGGACUAAUAUGCACUUUUUAAUCCUGAGGCAGAACCGGCAUCCAGUUCAUCCCCUGCUGAAGAUCAGAUACUUCCAGACUCAAUCAUCCUUUCGUCAGUAUGUCCUUCUAGACGGAUUUGGAGAAGGAACUCUGUUGAGGGAGAGAGAGGCUGUUUCUGACAGGAUCUGACAGGUGCACUUGCUUAUUCAUUCUCUGCCAUGAACACGCAGCUGGAAAUCCAGAAAGAAAGGAAGAGGGCAGGUUUGAUGUGAUCUGUGAGCGACAGACUCUUAUCUGUAAAGUGAGCACAAAUGAGAGGUGGGAUUACAUCCCCACUUUAUAGAGAUGAUGACACAGUCAUAGAUAAAUACAUAGAGGUGUCAAAUACAGCACGGCGUGGAGGAGGAAUGUGAAAUUAGGCAUGCUAUAGUGAAGGCUAAUGGAUGGCUAAAGGCAUCCGCAUUGUAAUUGCAAGAAUGCUUUAUUGCAGGGGAUGGGAAUAAUCAACAAGUCAAUACUGCAACACGUUUGAAAGCGCUUCAAAUAGCAUGGCAUGUUGUUGUAUGUAAAUGAAGUGAACGGGCUCUCUAAUAAUAGAAGCAGAGUGUGAAGGAAGAGCUCUCUCGGGGGAAUACGGAGUGGCGGGAAGUAAACAUUCGUUUAUUGCAUCUUUUAUUUAAUAAUUCAUGUCUCCGUCUACGAACUUCAGCGGAGGCACCAGGGAGUUUACAUUGAGCAGAUCUUCGCUUUGAUUAUACUGUUCAGGGAUCUGCAAAUUUAAUCCUGUCACAUUGUAAAGUGGCUCGCUGCUCAUUUCGAGACUUUGAGGAUAUGAAAUACUAUGUGUCUAAUGUAAUAUUGUCCCAUUUACAUCAUCCUAACUCAGAAGUUUCCAAGCCGGUAACACUGAACCAGCUUCAUUGGGUGUGAAUUUAACACACAGACAUCAGAGGCUCAGCUCAUCAGCGAUCAAACCUUGACUUUGUCACGGCUGGAUGCCGCAGCCGCUCUGAUCCCGUUUUCCCGGGUUGGACCUCAAUUAAAACAGCAGCCGGAGCCUGAAUGAGGGAAGCUGACAAAGAAAAGAACAUCAAAAGCCCUUUCAUGGAGUGCAGAGUCUUAACCUCUGAUCUCAGGCAGGGAUUACUGUAAUUGGACAGCAGGGAUCGACACCUACGUCGGAGAAUCAGGAAGCGAAGAGCAUCGAGGAAUCGAACGAACCCUCUCAGGAAACUAGAGUCAGGAUGGGCUGCAACAUGUGUGUGGUGAAUAGGCCAGAGGAGCAGUACAGGAUCAUGUUUCAGAAAGGAAACACUCUGCGUCCCAUUGAUGCUGAAGUAAAGCUGAAAGGCAGAAGAACAUCUCACCUGUCCCAGGACAAGGAUGGCCAGCCUCACGAUCCUCUGUUGCUUCAGGUGGUGCGGAAGGGGCACAGGAGGAGGAUGGGUGCCGCCGCCGGCCAGGCUCGACUCAUGGCCAUCACAGACUGUGUGGACAACGGCACACAAACUGACAUCAGCUUCCAGAACUUCCUGAAUGGGGACAGAGGUUCUUAUUUAAGCAGUGGAUCACCAAAGCCUCCACACUCCCCUCUUCUUGCCCCGCUGGUGGAUCCAUACCUAAUGAAUGAGCUUGGUUCUCUGGGGCAAGAGUAUAGCGAUACAAACGACUACUUCAGUGUGACCAACCAUGAGGCGGAUCAACAAGAAGAGCUAGAAUAUGAGGAGGUGGAGCUCUAUAAGUCGAGUCAGCAAGAUAAACUGGGGCUAACAGUCUGUUACCGGACGGACGAGGAGGAUGACCAAGGCAUCUACGUUGGGGAGGUGAAUCCAAACAGCAUAGCAGCAAAAGAUGGAAGGAUCAGGAAGGGAGAUCGGAUAUUACAGAUAAAUGGGAUAGAAGUCCAAAACCGAGAGGAAGCAGUGGCCAUCCUGACCCGUGAAGACAGCACCAACUUCUCUUUACUGCUGGCCAGACCAGAGAUAGAGACUGACACUCAUUUGGACCCAGAAGAGCUUGAUUGUGAGUUACCUGUAGGCAUGAGUGUGGACACCCUUAAUACUGCCACUCUGCCCGGACUGUACCAUUUCCGCCAACAGAGACUCCAGGCAGGCAUUCCUGAGGAAGCUUUACAUCGAGAGACACCCAUGCUCAGCCUAGCAACCCUCAACAACAGUCAAGAGCUAGAUAGUGGUGUUGGCCGAACAGAUGAAAGCACAAAGAAUGAAGAGUCUUCUGAGCAUGACAUCCUUCUGGGUGAUGAGCAGACCAGCGCCACCAACACUAAUGCCACCAACACGCCUGGUAGCUUGCGCAAGUUUAGACCCGGUAGGGGUGGUGGAGGAGGAAGUGAGACACCAUCUCCAUUGUUCCCUCUCCGAGAGCUCCACCUCAGCACAGACUCGCUGGACUGUGGAAGUGUAAGUGGAGGGUACCUUCAUGAUCCCGUCAGCGGGAUGGUGAUGCCAGGCCUGACAGAGGAGGAAUGUGAGAGGUACAAGCAGCUUCUGGAAAUCAAAUGUCGUUAUGAGAAGAGGAUUAAAAAAGUGCAGCAGGUUCAAGAAGAGCAGCAGAAAGAUGGAGAGAGACAUGAGCAAGAUGAGAAUAGGGAGGAGGAAGAGACUCUGGAUGAGAACAGUAAUGAGAACCUGACUCCACACGAGAUGGCACUUCUCGAAGAGGAAAUGAGACACCUUGAGUUUAAGUGCAGAAACAUUCUACGAGCACAGAAGAUGCAGCAGCUAAGAGAGCGCUGUUUGAAAGCCUGGCUGAUGGAGGAAGAAACAUCUGGCCGGGUGUCAGCAGAACCUCAGGGGUCUCCGUUGCAUGAGUUAUCUGACAUUAAUGAACUUCCUGAGAAAGAACGAUCAGACAAGGACAGCACCAGUGCUUACAACACUGGCGGAGAGAGUUGUAGGAGCACACCCAUGGUGAGUGAACAUCGACUUCCAGUUUCUCAGCAAGACGAGUCCACAAGUCCUCUGCCAAGCAGACACAGGGAUCGGCCCAUGUGGAGCGAAAGGGGACGAGCAAGCCUUAACAGUACCUAUUCACCAAGCAGCUACAAGAAGUUUCAGACUAUCACCCCUAUGAAUCAGAAGUUCUGUUCACUCUCAAGAGAAGGAACUGUCCGUCGAAUGCCUGAUGGGAUGACGCAGAGCAGCAGUUCUAGGGUGAACAAUCAUACCAGGAAUGGUGGUCGUAGUGCAGAGUCAAGUCCUUACUUCACUCGACGCCGUCAUUCCAAUUGCUUCACUCCAGAACGCUACCAGAGUUGCAUGCAUCUGGGAUCUUCACUUUCUGAAAGCUCUGGACCUUUGGAUAGAGCCGUGGAAGGAGAAAGUGAGACACCAAUUGGAGGCAGUGACCGUGAGGGACAUGGUAAUAACACCUUGGGGUCGUUACCUCACCCCAGCCCAGUGAAGCUUUCUUUGGCUUUACCUUUGCCACUUUCCCCUGCCUCACCACGCAUGGAGUGGAAGGUGAAGAUAAGAAGCGAUGGGACUCGAUAUGUGGCCAAACGUCCAGUCCGAGACCGGCUUUUGAAGGCCCGAGCUAUGAAGAUCCGCGAGGAGCGUAGUGGAAUGACAACUGACGAUGACGCAGUGAGUGAAAUGAAGAUGGGACGUUAUUGGAGCAAAGAAGAGCGCAAGCAACAGCUGCUAAAAGCCAGAGAGCAGCGCAGACGCAGAGAGUUCAUGAUCCAGAGUCGCUUGGAUUAUCUGCGAGAUCACGGUCUGGACGUGGGCAAGGACAGCCAGUCGGAAUCAGGUCAGAACUUAGCCUCAAUAUUAGAGCUCAGUCAGAAAAAGAGCUCCAAGAAACGCAACCGACGCAUACUGGACAACUGGAUCACCAUCCAAGAGCUUUUGGCACAUGGAUCUCGGUCACCAGAUGGGACAAAGGUGUAUAACCCUCUUCUGUCUGUUACCACAGUCUGAAAUUAAAAGAUGCUAAGGACAACAGGGAAUUAUAGCUCUUCUUACUUUGUAGAACUGUUUCAGGGUUCAUCUGUCCACUUUAUUAUGGCUGCACAAAGUCUAGCGUCUACCAUGCCGUUUAAUGUUACAUCUUUUUUAAUGAGUGCUUAAAAUUAAAAUAAAACAAGACCUUUAUUUGAUAAAAGGUUUAACUGAAAUUGAUCUAUUGUUCUUAAAAGGUUUAUACUCAAACUAAUAUAAAAGAUGAAUUCUCUCAAGUUUAAUAUCUUAUGCUUAAAGUAAAUGUAACCUUCAAAUAAAAUGCUUGGUUGGAUUUUCUUGAUUAAUGAAUGUCACAUUAUAUUACUUCUUAAAGUGGCAUUACUGACACUUAUCGGGGGGUCAAGCAUCUGAUUUUUGAGGAUUUCUACUUAAACUGGCGAAAGCACAUGGCUGAGUGACAAAGGCACUCUUACAGAUUAUGAAUGUUGACUGAAUGGACACAGUAGCACAAUGCACACAUUACAAAUGUGGACUUACAGCAGGACAAUUGUUAAGUCACUCUCCUCUACUCAUUGCAAGCAAACACAAUUGAAUUCAUACAAUCACUUCCAAUACAAUUGAAUUUUUGAUUUUCAUGGAUGAAAUAAUAAGUCAAGAUCAUAAAAGUGCUUAACCUGUGCAGACACAAUCAUGGUAAACUUUCCUACAGAGAUGUGGUGCUGAACAUUUGUACUGUUUGUUUAUGAUGGUCUGUUUACAUAUUUGUCCUGUACUGCUCAUGAUAACCCAAAUAUGACAAAAGCACAAUGUAAUCCACAUUAUGCUUUUUUAAUUUCGAAUGUAAGAUCAUUCUUAUCAAUGCCCCAAGUCAUCAUCAUGAAGAUAUUUUCACA